AUGGGCAACAAGACCAAUCAGGAGAAGCCGUGGCUGAUGAAGGGCGAGGUGUCUGCGAAGCAGAGGCCGCUGAACUCCCUGCUGGAGGUCCACCUGGACCAGCCCAUGACGCAGCUCGCGGCCCGCAACGCGGAGUACGCCGCCGGGGGGGGCGGCGCCCCGGAGGGCGACGACGAGGCUUUAGAGGACGUGCCUGGAGCGGAGAAGCUUGCCAAAAGCUCCAAGGCAUUUGACGUUGAGGCCAUCAUCCGCCAGCGGAUCUGGGACGAGGCCUUCGACGACGUGCAGCGCAGGGCGGCGGUGAGGCCCGCCGACAGGCCGCAGGGCGCCGAGGACGACACGGUCGAGACCCUGAACUUCGAGAAGAGCCGCGUGGGCCUCGGCGACGUGUACGCGAAGCAGUACGAGGCCGAGAUCCUUGGGGCCAAGACCGAGGGCGAGGUGAAGGAGGACAAGGAGAAGACCGAGACCAAGGCCCUGUUCGCGAAGCUGAUGCACAAGCUGGACCUCCUGACCAACGCCCACUUCACCUGGCCGCAGCUGGUGCCGGCUUUCCAGAGUGCCCGCGCCUGCCUCAGAGGCGCCGCGGCCAGGGCCGCGGCGUGGGCGCCCCUGGCGGCCGCCCUGGCGGCCUGCGCCGCGCCGCGGCCCGCCGCUGCGGAGGUGCCGAUCAACACGCCGAUGCAGGUGGUGAUGCCCACCAGGGAUCAUGAGGCGAUGGUGCCGAACACCGAGACCCUGCAGGCCAUAUCUCAGCACAAGGGCAGGAUAUCGGUCGUCGCCGUCGUAGGCCCCUACCACUCUGGGAAGAGCUUCUUGCUCAACGCGCUGGUCGGGCAGACGAACGUCUUCUCCGUGGGCCGGAAGACGUCGCCGGAGACCAUGGGCAUCUGGCUCUGCCGCACGACGAUGCGGGCCAGCGACGGUUCGGAGGUGUGGUUGCUCGAUUCCGAGGGGUUCUUUGGUCCGGGCGUGUCGGAGACCUACGAUGCCAAGGUGUUCACCAUCGCGUCGCUGAUCGGCGCGCACCUGGUGUAUAACACGGUGAAAGUCAUCGACCAGCAGGCCGUGACCACGCUCGAGAUGCUCGCGAGGCGGGCGCAGCUCUUCCGCACCAAGAGCUCCGCAGAGCAGAGCGGCGUGGUGACGCCGGAGUUCCUCAGCGUCCGGAAUUUCCCCCCGCUGACGUGGGUUGUAGAAGACUUCUUCCAGGAGAUCCCCGAGCAGUACCAGCGUGGGGACGCGGCUACGGCGUGGCUCCGGUCCUACUUGUCGAGGUUGGGGGUCGGUGUGCCACUCCUGCUCCUUGUCGUCUCCAAGCUGUACAGCGAGCUGAAGGUCCCACCGCCAGCGACCUCCCGGGCCGACCUGCAGGACCUCUCCAGGAUGAGCUGGGACCACCUGACGCCGGAGUUCCGGGACGAGCUCGCGGCUAUGACCGGGCAGACUCUGGGGAGGUGCCUCGGCUUCAUGGUGCAGGCGCUGCGGAGGGGGAUGUUCCACGAGCUCCCCUCGCUCUGGGCCACGUGGACGCAGCAUGUGGCCGAGAUCUCGUUGCAGGACGCCGAGAGGUGGUUCUCUGACCUGCUGGAUUCCAUAGACACUCAGGAGGACCUGGUGCGGCUGAGCGUGUUCAACACGCAGGUGGAGGAGGCUCGGGGCAAGGCGGUGCGAUUCUACGCAGACCUGCUCCACGACUUCAUCGCCCAGCCUGACGAAGUCGAGUUACACAGACGCAUGACCCCCGCGUUUGAAAAGAAGAAGAAGGCUUACCACGGACGGGUGUUCAACUGGGUGCAUGAUUCUAUAGCGGCGGCCGAAAAGGAAGUAUCGGACAGUCUGGCAUCCAAGGAGUUACCGGAAGACCCUCCGUUGUUAGAGGAGCGUUCGAAGGUUGAGAUGCAGGCUGCCAGGGAGAGGUUCUCCCAGAAGAUCGCAGGGUUCAAAGAAGAAGGCCCGCCAUCACAGUUUUAUUUUGCAGUUCAGUGGCCUUUCCUGAGCGAGGAUCCACAGGAGCGGUUGGCCUCGGAUCCUUUACAACAGUUGGACAGACGACUCACUGAUAUCCAUUUGAAGCGCGCCACUGCAAACAAGCAAAGGAUCAGUGAGGUGUUCGCAAUGGCCGAAGACGCUGCGUAUGGAGCUGUGGAAAGGGAGAUCGCUGUCAGGCAAACUCACUUACUGGGGAAAGCUAAGAUGAAAGAACUGAAAGAGCACUUGCGAGCGAGCUGCUGGGAGGCGUUUCACGGAAAUUUGGCUCAGGGGCGGUGGAUGUGGAGCACAGAGCAGUAUAGCAUAUCUAAGGAUAACGUCGAGACAAAUAUCAUUGCCCGUCGUUUGACCAAGCUUGCCGUGGACAACGAUCAGGCGAUCAAAGAGCACUUCAGCUCGGCGCUGAAUGUCUGUAAGAACCACUAUCCGGACAAGGCGCAGAGGUCCACGCUGCCCAUGCCGGUGGCGGAGGAGACCCUGGAGUUCGACCACAAGGUGCUCAGCGACAGGGUCCGAGGCAUGCUGGACGAGCGAAGCAAGCACCUGGCGGACACGGACCACUUCGUGGCUGCGAGGCAGAGCCUCGAGCGAGAGCUGGCAGAGGGCCUCGGCUGGCCCAUCAACAUAGACAUCUGGAAGGUGGAGUCCGACGAGGCCACCCGGUGUGCCAGGAAAGAGAACCGGGCGGCCCUGGCAAAGUGCGGCUUCACCUGCUUGUUCAACAAGGUGCCUCGCGUGCACCGGAGCAUGUCGCAGCGGCAUUUGUACGACUGUUUCCAGCGCGUCGGUGGCGCACAGAAAAUGCCGCCGAGGCUGCAGUACCAGAUCUUUGAGAACUGGUACGCCACGGAUGCAAAGUGCCCCCUGGAGGCCACCCUGAUGCUCCUAGAGGAGUUCCUCGUUCUUGCCGACCUGGGCGCGCUGGCCAUGUUCGACUGUGCUGGCGGAUCGGCGCUGCCGCCUCCCGGAGCUGGACAUCGAGAUUUGUGGGUCGGCGAGGCGGAGGGCACGGCCUUGGAGCAAGCCUAUACCGCGCCAGCUGCCGGGAGGCCUGCUGCGAUCCCGCCGGAGCUGGGCAUCGAGAUUUGUGGGUCGGCGAGGGGCUCCGGCCUCGCGGCUGCCGCCGCGGCCCGCCAGGGCCUCGGCGGCCUUGGAGGGGCGCGUGGUCAGGGCCUCUCCGGGGAGCAGCUGUCCAAGGUGCCGUCGCUGAAGAUGGAGGAGACCAUCCCGCUCCUCAUAUCCGACGCCACCCUGAAGGCCCCCGAGGAGCUGAAAGCGCCCCGCCGGCACGAGAGAGACCACGAGGAGCUGAACCACGAG